UACACGAUCCACUUUUUGAGCAUGCAUGAAUAGUUCGCUAGAAAGUCGUCCUAUCUGCUCAAGCGAUUGAGCUCCCCAUACCCCUCGCCCCAGCCACCAGGACAAGAUGCCACGGUGCUGACCCUAUUUACACACAACAGGAUUCCAUCUCCGUCCAUCUCACCUGGUUGCCACAGCAACCACAAAGUUUGACAGCCGAUGUUUUGAGACCAGUGGACUACACCUCUGUUUCAUCCGUCCUACUAUCCUCACUGCCUUAUGUACAAGAUGGCCACGUAUACGUUUAACCCUGGAUGCAGAUAUGGUAAAAUAGUCGUACCCAUGUCGCAGCUCUCGGCAACAAGCACUCCGCCAAACCCGCCCAUGUCACAAGAUACAUUUGAUUACUUAUGGAACACGUUAGGAGAAUGUACAGAAAAUGGCAUUUUUUCCAGGGAGUACACACAUAUUUCAUCGAAAGAUCUCGACUAUCAAUAUCAUGACAAUGAAGACGAAACUGCCACAUUCCAAGUCGAGCGCUUCCAGAUCCAGAACCACGCUGCAGAUGCUUCCAUCAAUGAACUGGUCAGUAAAUUGAACCCUAUCAUCGCUCAAACAACCACUGCCUCUGGGAUGAGCCCAGACUCUCAGACACAGAUCAUCGGCAGCUCAGCAUCAAGUCCUUACCACGAUGGAGUUGUCACGUCACCCCCACCAUACUCACCUCACACCAACAUGCAGUCCCCAUCCCCCACAGUGCCAUCAAAUACAAACUACCCUGGUGACUUCAACUUUGAAAUCAGUUUUGCUCAACCAUCCAAAGAAACAAAAUCCACCACAUGGACGUACUCUGAAUCCCUGAAGAAGCUGUAUGUGAGAAUGGCCACCACAUGUCCGGUCCGAUUCCGGGCACAGAGGACGCCCCCACCAGGAAGCAUAAUCCGUGCUAUGCCCAUUUUCAUGAAGCCCGAGCACGUGCAAGAGGUUGUGAAACGCUGUCCGAAUCAUGCGACAUCGAAGGAGCAUAACGAAAGUCACCCUGCUCCCACUCAUCUGGUGCGUUGUGAACACAAACUGGCAAGAUACCAUGAGGACAGUUACACAAAUCGUCAGAGCGUCAUCAUCCCCCAUGAGAUACCGCAGGCGGGGUCAGAGUGGGUCACCAACCUCUUCCAGUUCAUGUGCUUGGGGUCCUGUGUGGGGGGCCCCAACAGACGCCCCAUACAGAUCGUGUUCACUCUGGAGCAGGAAGGCAAGGUUCUGGGCAGACGGGCAGUCGAGGUCAGGAUAUGUGCCUGUCCAGGGAGGGAUCGGAAAGCUGACGAAAAGGCAGCAAUGCCACCUUCGUGUAAACAGUCCCCCAAAAAGGUGCCCCAGCUAACGAAACUUACAGUAGGAACAGAAAUAACAGUGGCACAGGGAAAGAAGCGGAAGUUACAAGAGGACGAUGCUUAUUCGUUAACUGUUCGAGGGAGAGAAAAUUACGAAAUUCUGUGCAAGAUUCGGGACAGCUUAGAGCUGUCCUCCAUGGUGCCCCAGCAGCAGGUUGAGCUGUACAGGAAGCAGCAAGGAGAAAUCCAGAGACAACCAAGCCAACCUCACAUCAUGUCCAUCCCCAGCAACGAACGCAUCGCUCAGCCGGCCGAGACGGCGCACCAAGCCAGCCUCCCGUUCAGCCCCGACUCCAGCAACGUGAGCAGCUCCCAGACCAGUCAGGUGAACGGAGACACUCUGCCCGCCGCGCUGGAGGCCGUCAUCAACCAGGCUGCCGUCAAGGAGGAAGUUGUUGGCAAUGGACAGACCAUGUUGGACAACACUGUUGCUGCUUGGUUGAAUUCAAUUGGUCUCUCGGCAUAUAUUGACAAUUUCCACGAAAAGAACUUCUUGAAUAUGUUCCAGUUGGAUGAAUUCUCUCUUGAGGAUUUGUCAGCCAUGAAGAUUGGGACGAGCCAUCGCAACAAGAUCUGGAAAUCCUUGGUGGAAUACAAGCAGGCAAAUGCCUACACCUCCGAAGUCUCACAGUCACUUGCACGCAACGCCAGUAGCACGUCCACAAUCAGCCUCUCCUCCCAGCCUAGCAUCUCCCAGAACAGCGCAUACUGCCCAGGCUACUACGAAGUCACACGCUACACAUUCAAACACACAAUAUCAAUCACAAAGGACGACGUGAAGAAGUUGAGAACGGAAAAGCCAGAAUGAACAAACAUUUGGCUUUCACACGAACAUUUCUAAAGGUGCAAACAAAUUUUCUAAAGUGCAUUUACCUUUCAUUAUGGCUAAUUGAUCAUGUUUAUCACUGCUGAUAUAGACAUCUUCCAGUUUGUGUGGCAAUCGUUGAACGAAGUGUGCUUAUCAUUAAAUAUUACAUUUAUACAUUCCAGUUUUUCCCGUGUUGAUGUUUUCUGUGUGUUUUACCCAAUGAGUCCAUCUUAUAAAGAUGGGCUCAACUAUUUGUAGUUAUGUUGCAUCGGACAAAUCUUGUAACUGAAGUUCAGAAGCAUGUUACCAUUUCCAUGGUUUAUAUCAAGACUUGAAAAUCGUGUUAUGCUGAAAAAUGAAAUUAUAGUCAUUAAUUUUUUAAAUUGCUCGUUCAAAGAUCAGGUUGAGAUUAAUUUUAGCUAUUGGGCCAAACAAUGUGUGUAUUAAAGAUCAUAUGAAACUCAGCUGACAUUUAACAAGCAAGUUGUGACAGGUUCAUUUUUCAGCAGUCACAUGUCAGACCAAUAUUACGUACAUAUUAUGGCCAAAUAUUUAAGCCUCUAAUUUGUUGACCAUGAAGUCUAAAAUGUUUUUGGGGUCUGUAGCCAGAGUAGCUAUUUAACAGUGAUUGUUUAAUCUAACCAUAAAUGGUUUUCAUGUUUAGGGCCAAGGUAAAACUUAGAAAUGGUUGAACAAAUAUCAAGUCGUCAUGGAAUCCUCAGGUUUGUCAGGUGUCAAGUGUGUUUCCCUACCAGCAUGCAUUGCUCAGGGGAGGUAACUCCAACUCAAAUCCAAAUGUCUAGCGCUCCGUCCAUUUUGUAAUGGCUGUUAAUUUAUGUUGGUAAGAUUUUUCUGUUAUUAUGUCUUGAAGACAAAUAUUUCAUUAUAGAGAACAGCAUUGUAUAGUAGUUCGAAAAGACUGUCAUAUUUGCAAACUCAAUAUUGGUUUUAGGGAAAUUUUAAACAAAUCACCAUGUAAACGAACUGCAAAAUGUUUGAAAGGAUAUAUGUCAAAGGCUUAUUCCCUAACACCAAUAUUGCAUUGAACUAGUUCAUAUAUCUUUACAUUCCAUUUAUUACAUUCUUUAGGGACAUACCAAAUCUACCUUAAUUUGAAACAGGAAAUACUGUUUAUCAAGACUAUUUUCCUCUUUAAUGUGAAACCAAACCAGGUUUGUUCUCUGCUCCCUGUUUCGUAAAGUUUUCUACAAUUUUGAAGCUAAUAUAAUCCAAAUGUAUUAAUCAAUUUCUAUUGAUCAAGUUUACAGAGUAAAUAGGAUGGUAUGUUUCUAAUGUAAAUAUGGGGUGUUCUGCAUAGUUACACCUCGUCAUACUCAUUGUUUUGGUGAACAAACACUUGUUAAUACUAUCUUCAAUAGGACAAAUAUGCAAGGAAAACUAUUUCCAAAACUAUUAUUUUGGCAAAUAACCAUGUAUAUUUAUACUGCUUAUAAAUGUAGUCAGACAAUUUUUAAAUGGUAUUAUUUUUGUCGUGAUUUUAGGAGCUUUAUACUGGCUACCACUGCUUUUGAUUAAGAUAUAAGUAUUGUUUUGUUUGCCUUGGUUUGAUAAAAUAGUGGCAGAAAGGAUGAUCUCUGUUGAUGUUGAUGGCAUAUCUAGUGCAUUAAUGUAUUCAGAUUUGUUUGAAAUUUAUAUAGAUAUUUUGUCAAUGUGACUGGCUAUUUAAACAUCGCUAUUCAAGAGAAAUGGUUUGAUGUGCUGCUUAAAUUUUCCUUUGUUUUUCUUUUCUGCAAAUGGCAUAUUGUCACCGAUAGUCUUUUUUGACAAUAUUAUUACGUAUUUAUCAAGUGUUAGUUCAGAAUGGUCACAAUUUCAUGUCAUUUUCAUGUGGGUUUGUGCAUAAUUUGAGCGGAAUGCUCUGUGUUGAAAAGUGUUCAUAGAGAAGGCAGUUGAAGUCAGCCUUCUCAAUUGUUCAUGACAGUAGUUGAAAGGAAAACAGUAUAUGCAUAAUGACUAUAUUCAAUGUGUGAGAUGUUUAUUAUUUUGUUAAUUGGAUUUCUUAAAGACAGAUUUCCAACGGUGCGAUACUUAAUUUUGUUGUUCAUUGUUCCUAAAUACCUUCCCAAUCAUGCUGCAUGUCUUCAUCAUUGAUAUGAUGUGUCAUCAGUGAAAAUAUCGUUCAAUAGCAAAAUGUUAUAUAUUAAAUAGUGACUUCAUUGGUGCAUUUUUCAGCUGGUGUAUGAAAAUCCAAUAAGUUUUUUCUUUGGGAAACAUGUUUUAUAAAUAACAUUAAAAUGUGCAAUGUCAAGAAUUUCAAAGUAAAUUGGGGCAAAUGCUGCUGUGUGUGGUUUGUUCCAAGUUGGUUCUCUUUACUGUACAGAAUAUGUAGUGUUUUACAGUGCCUGUUACUCGCAGCAUUUGAAGUGCUGGAAGGGAGGCGACUCUAUGAUGUUGGCCGUCACAUUUUAAGAGUUAGCUCCCCUUACAUAAUGUGUUGACUCUUAUUGCCCAGACCUAUGGGGGUUUCGUACUGAAACUCAUUGAAGUUGUCAGGAAAGAAAACAACUUUAUAAGACCUUUGAAACUUAGUUUCAGAAACAUUUAAUCUGUGUGUGUGGUUUUAUCAAAUGGUGAAAAUGUCUUUGACAGGAAUUUCUAAUUUUUGGGAAAAGACAAAAAUAUGUUGUGAUAUGACAGGACUACUGAGAUCACACACCCUCUGGCUCACUCACUCACUCACUCACUCACUCACUCACUCACUCACUCACAGAUUGGUUUGUGGAGUGGGGUGCCCUGUCUUGUGGUCAAGUGGUCAAGGUGUUGACUUGGCACACAGAAGACUCAGGUUCCAUUCCCCACUUUCGGUUCAAUGAGUGUGUGAAGAACCCUAACCAAAUCUGCUGCAAUAUUGCUGAAAGUGGUGACAUACAGAUGGACUAACUUUCGAACAACAAAACUUUUCUUAGCAGUAAAACUUCGAUCAAAACCUAACAUCAUGUUCUUUUGACAUGGCAUGCCUUCCAUUCAUGCUUCCAUCAACUACCGACUCUUAACCAUAUUAUCUCGAACAAAUUCAGCUUCAUUGAUCUUUGGACAAGAUCCUUUUGUUGCCCUCAUCAUUCGUAUACAAAAGGCAAGGCAUCAAGGCAGUACAUUCUCAUGCCUUUCUAACAUGGUGGGUAUUGGUGCUGAGUCCAUCACCAAAGAUCACAAAUGUUGAGCAUCCCAUGUAAGGGGAGAUAACCCUGGUGGUUUUGUUUCAUAAAUUGAGUGCCGUGUAUAUAGUGUUGGAACUGAUGAAAGCUGGAGCGUCCUGUACAUCGUUAGAAAUCAUCUAUUUAAUAUUUUCUACAUUAUUUAUGCGUGAUGUGUUUGUUUACUUAGUGAGUGACAUCUCAACAAUAAUGGUUUAGCUUGUCUGCCAACACAAGGGGUUAUUCGCGGGAUUUUCUUGUCAACAUAUAAGGCCAUUUUUUACUUUAUCUUUUAAUAUGUAUACAUAUAAUCAGGGUAUGAAACUCCC